CGGUAGAAAACAAGUAUCAAAUAGUAGUGUCACUUCUUCGAGGUUGCUUUACGGUCAGUUGUCUGUGGUUGCUGUUGUUGCUGCUACGACUGUGUAUUUCAUACGUUGCGUCUUGCAUUGAUUUUUCACCUUUCCUUUCGAGUGGUUUGUUGAAGAUAUUAGACAUGAGUGCACCAAUUGAAGUUGAAACCCCAGACGAAUUAAAAUACAACUUCCUACCAAACAUCAGUGGUCAGUUUCAGUUUAGAGUUCGUGCUGCUAACGAUGCCCAUAUUGCCCUUACAACUGAAGCUGCCGAAACUGAUCCCAUGUAUGAAGUAUUUAUUGGUGGAUGGGGAAACUCAAAAUCGAUCAUUCGCAAAAAUCGCUCUAAACCCGAUGUUGCCGAGGUACCUACACCUGGUAUAUUGAAUGCUGGGGAAUUUCGGGGAUUUUGGGUUCGUUGGAGAAAUGGUACUAUUUCUGUCGGUAACGAAGGGGAAAGUCAACCGUUUCUUAGUUGGACAGACUCCGAAAAUAUCCCUAUUAGUUAUGUGGGCAUUUGUACUGGGUGGGGUGCAUCUGGAAAGUGGAUUAUUGAGGAGUCUACUCCUAAUUCUUCGACUUUAUCUUCCAAGAUGUGUUGGAUUCCUGCCUCUGGGGGUAACGUUCCACCUCGAGCUUUUGUUGGCGGCGAAGAUAAUGGAGAGCCGCAGUAUGUAAUUAGAGCUAACUUUCAGGGCGGUAUCAUUCCCGGAAAAUUAAUUUCUAGCCAUGGAACGGCUUAUGUUCCUUGGGGAGGUGAGGAGAAUCCAGUUUCCGAAUAUGAAGUUUUAUGCGAUUUUAAUGGGACUUGGGUUCCUUCUUCUGAAGGAAAAGUUCCUCCAAAUGCUCCUGCGGCUGGAGAAACCGAAGAAAGCGAACCUCUUUUUAUUGGUCGUGUAACUCAUGAGGGCACCAUUACUGUUGGCAAAAUACAACCAAGUCACGGCGUUUGUUAUAUUUCUUAUGGAGGCCAAGAACUUAAUUUUGCCAAUUAUGAAGUUCUGGUUGCAUAAAUAUUGAUAGCUCUUUACUAUUUAUUCAGGAAUCUCAACAGUUAUACUCAUUUGAAGAUCUGUAACGAGCUUGUUUAAUUUUUACAAAGACUGAAGAAUCUGAAUAAUAAUUGUUUUUGCUAAAUAUUAAAUGCAGUUAUAUAUUUUUUAAAUCUUUUGAGAUUGACACUAUAUAAGAAUUGUUAAUUGAUGCUAUAUUAAAAAAGUGCACAAAUAUAGUAGCUUACCGUAUUGUAGGUGCCUUAAUGUAUUAUGCAAUCUUAAGCAUUGUUCUAUUUAAUUGUUCGACUUGUUGUAUUAUUCUUUAAACUAUAUUUUGUAUAAUAAUUUUUUAGUAAUCAUGGAAUAAAUUAUUCAAUCAUU